ACCACUUCAAAUCCAUUUUCUGUGCCAACCGACCGCAGCUCAACCAGUUCGAUUGGAGUUCUGUCUGCAGCAGGAGCCAUGGCCAGGAGCGUGAUCUUAACCGUUGCCGCGCUUUCGGCGCUCAGUUAUGUCGUCGCCAUGAACUGUCCUUACUGUCUGAACGUCGUUUCGUGCGCUUCGCAAAGUGUCCCGAAAGUGGACUGCAGCGGCACGAUAGUGAGUGAAACUGUGAGCGAGAUUAGUCGAUUCUUUCGCGACAUCAAGGCCUACAACGUGCCGGCCACGGAGUAUAGUUGCGUCGAUGUUCGGUUUCGACCACUCGAGUCACUCAGUGACACGUUCACGGUGAAAGGAUGCACGGCCGGUCGUAAAAGUGUGUGCGGUGAACCGACGGUCGAAUUUAACGGGAAUUUUUCGUGCUAUUCCCACAGUGGUGCCGGCGCCCCUCGGCUCACCGGAUUGCUCAUGGGCGUGCUCUUCAUUAUCGGUGCCCUGGUGUUCGUAAACUAAUUGAUGGAAAUAAAACGGUUAAUUUAAAGUA